ACCGUACUCAACUCAACCAGAGCCAGCUGCCGCACAGUGCCUAGCCAGCCAUAUACAUAUACAUAUACAUAUACAGCUCAAGCUCGACCCGAUCGGUCGAUGGCCGGAAGGAGGAAGGCGACGAUGGCGAGCGCGGUGGCCGUGGCGCUGCUGCUGGCCAUGGCGGCCGUGUCGGGCGCCGCCGCGGGCGGGUACACGGCGUGCGGCGUGGACCUGGAGCGCAUGAAGGGCUCGUGCGGGUCCUACUGCGCGAGGGGCAGCAGGGAGGCCCGGCCGAGCAGCCAGUGCUGCGGCGCGCUGAGCGGAGCCGACUUCCCGUGCCUCUGCCGCCUCAAGGGCGCGCUCGCCUCCUUCGGCAACUUGGACGCCGGCCGCGCCAUGCAGAUCCCCUCCAAGUGCGGCAUCCGCGGCGCGCCCAGGUCCUGCUAGACGUACCGGUCCAUCCAUGCAUCCUGCUGCUGAGACGCGCGCGUUGCGUACGUAUGAUCAAAUGCAUGCCGACGGUCGAUCCUUUCAAGUCUGUGGUUUUCGAUUUUGGUUUGAGCUUUCGUAGUAGUACGUUCGUGCGUCUCCUAGCUGAUCGCGCGAGCUGGCUAGUCGUGCGUUCGUACUAAUUGUAUCCUCUUGUGAACUACUACUCCUUCAUUUUGUUUUCUGUACCGGCGCGCCGCCGGCCUUACCGUACCGUGCCGUGCGUGUGGGCUGCGUUAUCACAUAUAUACGCUACCCGUGCGUUGUUAUGAAUCAACAUAAUACAAUCGAAUAUUAUCAUA